CUUACCACGCUGGCCACGCUCACUAAUCCAAAAUUUCAUAUCGGUUCGAGUUUUUAACUUUUUAGUCACCUACAUGCUCUCGUCAAACUCGAAUCUUUCAUUCAGUUAUCGGUUGUCACGGAACGUAUAAAACUUCGCUGUGCUAAUGAGCGACGGUUCGAUAAUCCCAGAAAACAACAAAAACCUGCAAACUUUUUGUCAAUCGUAUCGAAAUUCUUUGACGAGCGUUGCCCCAAACGAUUCAUUGGAUUUUCAUUUAUUUACAUUUUUUUUAAAUUCCUUCAAAGUGUAACCGGUUCACAGCGUUAAACGGAUACGCGAGCAAUAACGCCGAACUCGAUUUCGCACGAUCUUCAAAAGGAAUAAUCUUUUGUCGGAUUAUUCAAAGUGAUAUACACUCUGUGGGAAAGAAGAGAUGAUGUAGCGAAGUCCCGUCUCAAAUACGUGGGUGUCAUUGAAAGCUUUCCGCCUCUGCGUAACACAAUAUCGUUCGGGAUUUGAAAGAAUUCGCUCAAAUAUCUCAGACUAAAUGAAAUUCACGAGUUAACGUAAACGAAGAAAUAUAUAUUGGAGAAUAUAUAAUUAAAUAGAAAUAUUCAUCUGAUUAUGUUGGUGCGUAAAAAAAUAGAUAGCGAUAAGUUUCGCAGUUGUGUGCGUGUGCGCGGGAGCGCAAAAUCGUAUUGUGAAUGUUCCCGAUGACGUCGGGCACCGAGUGAAAACCUGUAUUUGUUUUUGUUAUUGUGUGUUUUUGUUGAAUUAUUUAUCAAUCAUAUCGAACGAUGAGCGAGUCGUUUUGAUCUGAUUCAGAGUACGCAUGGAUAAAUAAUCUGCCGUCGUGAUUAUCGUUGUUGGUGAACACGUUGGCGAGUGGCUCGGAGAGGGAUUUCACCAAGAGAUUGUGCGAGAAAGAGAGUAAGAGUGCGAAAAAUAGAGGGAAAGAGCCCCGAGGGUGGUGGAGUUUGUUCAGGGUGUGAUGCCCUGGUUAUGGUUAGGCGUGAGUGAGGUAAGAGGCAAGAGGAGGAGGACGUGGACAUCCGGCGGUCCUGGCACGUCGUCGUUGCAGUCUUUAGACUACGCGUCGUACGGGAUAUCAAAUCCAUCUCCGUCACUCAUUUUCUUAUCGCCAUCAACGUCACGAAUUGCUCUCACAACAGAUCGAUCCAGUCCUGGCAAAAAUAAAUCGACAAAGUUUUCAACGUUGGUGAGAAAAACUGAAGACUCUUGCCGACGUUGUUAUCGCUCGCGGAACGCAAGAGCCGAAAAAAACUCGAAGCUCGCCAACUUGUACCGCGGCAAAACAGCGCGUGGACAAAUUUUAUCAAGAGUCAAGAUUCAACGAUUAUGGUGAACCAUAGAGGGUCCUGGAGGCCGGUUACUCACCAGCUGACCACCGCAAAAAUCUCCGCAAACAACAAUUGUCGAUCUACUACUACCGCAUGUAGAAACAACGGAUUUUCCAGUUGUACCAAUAACGACACUCGUAGAAUAUCCAUUAGCAACGCUUGUGGUAAACGACCGUUCGGCCUUAUUUUUACAACAUUGUCAUGGUGCACGCCGUCGCCGAGGCUUUUGUUACUCGUACUUCUGACUCUCGCAUUACCGAGCUUCGGCGGCGGCGGUGGUGGCGGUGCAUACGCUUGUGGUCCAGGACGUGGCGGUGGACGUCGACCAAUAUUACGAAAACUUACGCCACUUGUUUUCAAACAACAUGUGCCAAAUGUCAGCGAAAAUACCCUGCCGGCGAGUGGUCUUAGCGAGAGUAGAGUUUCGAGACACGACACACGAUUUCGGGAUCUCGUGCCCAAUUACAAUGCCGAUAUUAUAUUCAAAGACGAGGAAGGCACUGGUGCGGAUCGCCUUAUGACUCAGAGGUGCAAAGAGAAGCUCAAUACGUUGGCGAUUUCCGUAAUGAAUCAGUGGCCAGGAGUGAAGCUUCGCGUCACGGAGGGCUGGGACGAGGAGGGCAAGCAUGCGACAGACUCGUUACAUUACGAGGGACGUGCCGUCGACGUUACGACGAGUGAUCGGGAUCGUUCGAAAUAUGGGAUGCUAGCGAGGCUCGCCGUCGAGGCUGGAUUUGAUUGGGUCUACUACGAGUCAAGAUCGCACAUCCAUUGCAGUGUAAAAUCAGAAUCGUCGUCAGUGGGAAAAUCGGGUGGUUGUUUCCCGAGUAAGAGCAUCGUCAGGACGGAAGGAGGUUUGGAGAAGCCGAUAGAAGAUUUGAGGAUCGGCGAGAUGGUGGCAUCGCUGGAUUCCCGAGGCGACGUAGUCUACAGCGAAGUGAUAGCUUUUUUGGAUCGGUCGUCGACGGAGAAGCGCCAAUUCGUUCAAUUGACAACCGAGACGGGACGGAGGUUGACACUGACACCGGCCCACCUUGUUCCUGUGGAAGGUGGAGAUGAAAUAUUCGCGGCGAAAGUCAAAAUGGGAGAUCGUAUAUUAGUGCGGGACGUUGAUAGGUCGUACGAGGACACGAGAACGAAUGAAAUCCCAUUAGAACGUUUGUACUGGGACCGUGUUAUCGAGACAAAACUGGUGUUGAAGUCGGGCGUUUACGCCCCGUUAACGAAAGAGGGCACUCUUAUCGUGGACGAUGUCGUCGCUUCGUGCUACGCGCUCGUCGACAGUCAAAGACUCGCGCAUUUCGUGUUUCUACCGCUGAGGCUUUACAAGAGCAUCGAAUCCAUGUUCUUUGGCAUCGCGAGGCACUUAACGAGGAGCAAAUACGUAACGAGAACCUUCGAAGACGCGAGAACCCGCGUCAUGGCCAAUGAGAUCGAACUCGAUGACAAAGGAAGGUACAAACCUGAUGAACCGAGCACGGGGGAACAAGGAGUUCAUUGGUACGCCUCCUUUCUCUACACCAUGGCGUUUUACGUACUUCCAGAAAAAAUGCUUUACGCUUAGGGUCACCUCUGACUUGAAAAUAUAUUUAAAACGAAAUACACAGGCGAACACAUUUAUUUAAAUAUUCAAGAUAUGAAGAUGUCUGUAGAUAUAUAUAUGCAUGUAUGCUCGAGAUGAGAAUCAUUCGAAUGAUUAAAUAACGCGCGUUACUUUUUUGGCACGAACGCUACAGAUACGCGAAUCAAUGAACAAACAAUUUCUACAAUUUUAGCAAUUUGAAAUGAUAAGAUUUUUUGGAAAAACGUUGUUUUUGUUAACGGGACAAAAUCAAGACUUCAAAAUCGUAUCAACAACGAACUGAUGCCGAAAAUAUUUUUGAAAAGUCGAAUCAUGAUGCGAAGUGUCAAAGAAGUAACAUUGAUUUGGCAACGAUUAAGAAUUUUGUGUCAAAAAGCAUAUUUGAAACGUUGGCUGGAUAGGAAUUUGUAAAAAACAAAAUUAAUCAAAAAAUUUGACUCGAAUUAAAAAAAGAUUGGAUGAUUCUACGUUUCCGUCGUUCGGUUUAAAUUAGUUUAUUUUAUUUUUUAUUUUUAUUUAUUCGCAGUAGCAUAAGUAGGUUCAUUACUAAAUUUGAAAAUAUCAUAAUGCGUAACGUACGUUAAUAUAUGUAUAUGAACUUGUAGUAUUACAAAGAAGAUGCUCGAAAACAAAAUCCAUUUUUUGGACUCGGAGAAUCAUAAAAAAAAUCAACGAGUUGCGAAUGUCCUGUACUCUGGCAAAGUUUGUUUUCUUAAGAGAGAAAAAGACAGAAAUGAGAAAUGGAGAGAGAGAGAGAGAGAGAGACGAAUUCUCUCUAGCAUUCAUGUACAUAUACAAUAUGGAAAAAUUGCUGCAUUGGAAACGACGUCCGAAAUGGGCUCGCGACGUACUCCAACCAUCAUUUUGCAUGCACUCGGAAUGAAUUAUCGCACGAAAUUGUAUUCCGCACAUUAACUCGAGCCUCCACUCCUCUUUGAAGCCUCAUACACACCCCCACUGUGUGGCAGAUUUCAAAAGCAAUAUUGUAAACCUCUUAUGAAGUCAGUGUGCUCACAAAUUUCAACGUCAAAUAAAUUGCAACCAUCAUUUCUCAAAAUUCUCUUCUGGUAGAAAAAAAAACUCGAAAAUGCAACAAAAAGCGACAUUAAUAUCGAUUUUCAAACUGUAAUUUGUUGCUUUUUUCACUGGACAAUUUGAUUAAACGAAAGAAUUCAUAAAUCACAUAGCACGAAACGCUGAUUUUUUUCAUUACUUUUGUGGAUAGUUUUUUUGAGGAAAAAUUUACACAAUAAAUUUGCGAUCUGAUACUUCGUUACUGGGAAGAAAUUUACCAUGUUUUAUACUCGAAACGUAGUGAAUUAUUUUUCUCCGACUACUCACUUUUUACUGAACGUUUAAAUAUUUUAUUGCCGAUAAAAUAUUGGCGGUCCAAGAAAAAUUGUAUCGAAUUGUCCAUAUUAAGGUGGUGAGGGAAUAAGAAGAGUGGAGAACAAUAAUUGGAGGUUCGUAACUGUAUCGAGGAGUGAAGACUUUUAUGACCAGUGUAAAGUUGCUUUUUGUAAUUCAAAUUAAUUCGUUUCUCGAUUAAAUGUAAGUGAGAAAAUAUGCUUAAUCAACUUGGUUAGAAUAGACUUUGAUAAGACUAAAUUUGUACAUGAUCCAAGUAAAAUGAAUUUAUCGUCGGAUAAUAUCUGUUUGGCUCACGAAAUUGGCCAAGUUUGUUUCUCGAAUCGAACAGAUUUAUUGGGAGAUAUGCAAGCCAACGUUCAGUUUUGACUGUGCGAGUGAACUUUGUAAAAUAAUAAGUCAGUACGAAAUUGCGAGGCGGAUUGAAAAAGUAAAAGAAAUAAAAAGAGUAUAAUAGAAGGAUAAUCACGAAGAAAAACGUACCCACGCUUUUUACAAUCAUAUUUAUUUCGUCCUAGACGCCAAAAUAUUAUUAUUUUAUUGGGUCUUGUUUUUUGUAACCCGGUGGACCAUUAUCAUCAACACUCCGUGAACAAAUCAUUCAUGUUUUAUUGAAAAAGAAAAGAAAAAGCACAAACAUAAAACUCACGAGAGAAAAAGUGGUGAACAGACUUGGUCAGAACUCCCAUUGAGAAAAAAAAAUCCACAAAUUUUUCUAGAUAAUAAUGCAUCCGUAAUGUAAAUACUAUUUCCCAUUUCUUGAUCAAAAAACACGCGAAUCAUUCAUUAUUGCUUUUAUGCUUCGUUAUCAAUGCAAUGAACGAUGGAGAUGUGAAUCAUUGUUCAAAGUUCAAUGCUUAGAUUUGAUUGACACGACUAAGAACCGUUCAUUUUCAUUCGAAUUCUCACUCCAAUGAACAAUAAACAAAAUAAGCGAACAAAAACAUUUACACUUGAAUCACAAACUACGAUUCAUCGUAUCGAAGCUAUCAUUGUAAAUAUUCCUUUCACCCCCGUGCUGUAUACAAUUUUAACGUUUAUUUCACUCGAUCCCCGAGCCAUGAACGUAUAUGUAUACAAAAUAGAGAUAAAUAAAUAUUAUAUAUCCCAUUAUUUAUCACUUACGACAGUCCAAGAAGGAUUCUUGAAGACGAGAAGAUACGAUCAUUCGACGACACUCGUCGCUGUAUAUUAAAAAAAAAAAAAAAAACAAAAAAAAACAAAAAGAUAAUUAUGAAGUUACUUUUACUAAUAGAACGAUUAUCGUAAUCGCGCAUAUAGUCGUAAUUUAUCAUUGAUCGCGAUUCGCUAAAAAAUUACAGAAGGGAAAAGAUCAUUAAAAAAAAAAACGAAAAAAAAAAACAAAAAAAACAGGCCACCACGAUUUAUAUGAAUACAAUUAUUGAAUGUGCGACUUUAUCCUAAUAAUGUAUUAAUUAUUCCUACAAUGCUUAAGUUAUACACGAGAUAAUACGUUAUUAUAUUAUCUAUGUUCAAUUACUCAUUAUCUAUUCUCAAUACUUUUAUUAUUAUUAUUUUAUUAUUAAUAUUAUUUGUACGUAGCGCCACAACAAAUUAUAAAUUAUGUAUAUAUCAACUUUAAACUGAAUU